AUGAAUUUAGUUGAAGUAUAUACCAGCGGAUCAUCUAAACAAUUCAUAAAUGGAACUUUACAAACAACAAAACCCGAAUACCCAAUUAAUCAAAUUAACAAAAAGUACGACUGGUGUUCAAAUUGCGGACGUAGUUAUUCAGAACAUCCUUAUGCUAUUUAUACACUGAAAAACAAAAUGAUGAAUAUUAACGGGUAUUAUUUGAAAGCAGGCUGCUGCGGUGAUAUAGAAUCUGAAUGCUGCUGCUAUGAAGAUGCCUCUUACUGCUGUCAUUGCUGCCUUUACAGCUGGUCUUUGCAGAUUUCGAAUGAUAACAAGACUUGGAAGACUAUUCACAAGGUCGAGAAAGACUACGAUCUCAGAAGAUGUAGAGAUAAAACAUUUAAGUUCAGCGAACAGCAUACAUGCCGUUAUGUAAGAUUAAUUCAGGAUGAACCAUGUCCAGGCGAUCCUCCCUGCAUCGGAUUAAACAAGAUAGAGCUUAUUGGAUCAAUAGAAGGAAUUUCGGAUUUCGUUUCUGAAGAAAUUGAAAACGAAGAAGAUGAUGUCAGCAUUAUUGGACAUAUCUCAAAGAACAAUCAUAACUAA